AUGGAGGCUGAACCAGGGCACGCGGUUAAGAAGACAUGGGUUGAUACGAAGAUCAAAUCGUCACGAGAAGCCUUCCUCGAAGGGCUCACAACGGGACUAAAAAAUCCAAUAGGAAAGGAAAGGCGAUUAAUAAUAUCACUCGUGGGCAGUGAAGAGGGUUUUGUAGACGGCGGUUUGCUGAUUUUCAAAUCAAAAAAGAAAACCGAAGAUUACCAUGAUGAAAUGAAUUCCGAUCAUUUUGAGGAGUGGUUAAGGGACAGCGUGGUCAAAGCUGAAUUAUUAGAAAUAGUCAAUAAAGAAAAACAUAAUUAUCAACAAUUAGCCGUGGACAAGUUGGCUGCUGAACAUGGUGUCACCAUUCUGCGACUGCCCCCUUACCAAUGCGAAUUAAAUCCCAUUGAAUUGGUUUGGGCGCAAGUAAAGGGGCACGUUGCUAGGAACAAUAAGACCUUCAAAAUGACCGAAGUGAAACAAUUGUUCGAAGAAGGUCUACAAUUGGUGACACCACAGAGAUGA